UCGUUUCUCGCCUUUACAGUCGAGUACCAAGGUCCUCUGUGAUCUCCAAGCAAGGAGCUCUUCCGUCGACUACAGCCAUAAAAAUGUCGGGCUUGAACAAGUUCAUCUAUGUGGGCCUCGUUAUCUCGCAGCUGCUGACUCUGGCGGCCUACGUGGUCGUCACGGCCGGCGCUGCCCUUCUGCAGAAGAAGGCGAACACGCUCACUCUGUUUGACACCCAGGAGGGCAUUGACAAGUACACUCCCGUUUACAAGGAGGUCUUCACGGCGACCACCUACAUCAUCGCCUACCCCCAGCAGCCCCAGUACCAGUUCCAGUACCAGUGGUGGAUCAUCCAGUUCGAGCUGUUUGUGUUCCUGCUGACCGCCGCCUGCACCGUCUUCCCCUCCAUCAUCAAGCGCAUGCGCCCCGUGGCCCUGACCUUCAUCGCCUCCGCCCUGGUGCUGGUCAUGGACAACAUCAACGCCAUCUUCUUCCUGCUCCGCAACGAGACCGCCAAGGCUGUGUUCGACGACUACCGCAUCGCCACCGCUCAGGCUGGCCUGAUCAUGGUUGGCGUGGCGAACGGCCUGACCAUCUUCUUCCUGGGCUCGUACGACGCUGAGGAGUCGCAUGCGAUGCCCAACGUGCACGUCACCUCUGACGGCGCCACCAAGGUGUAAGCGGCGCAACUCACAUCGCGUCGGCCGCUCUUGCGGUUUUUGUACGAGCGAAUGGUGACCGCCGCUGCAAGGCGGUGCUGCAGCCGCCUGAGAGAGUAGAUCAGACAAGGUGCAAACAUUUUUGAGAGACGCCUGUGAGAUGAGAUGACGUGGCUUUGCACACAUGCAAGCAUCAAGUUUUAUGUUAUGUCUGGACUGUGUACGGUGUGUACACGUGAUGUGGUUGGUUGGGCAGCUGCAUACGGGUCCCUCGCUCUUGGUGGCCCAGCAGUAAGCGUGACUGGGGUGUGCCUGCGUGGUGCACCUGCGGGAACCGAAACACAAUCUGAUGUAGACUGCGCGGCAGCUGCACCAUCGUGCAGGGAGCGCAAGAAUGUUUCCGUGCGUACGUGCCGCUUUUGAGGCGUUGGGAAAUGCGGGCCGUGGCUACGUUGCACGUGUGCUUGCAACAGAGCAUGGCGUUGGUUUACUGGCCGCUUCUGCUCAUGUAGCCCGGAUGGCACUCAUCUGGGCGGGCGGAUGAUCGCCAGAUGUACAUAUACCCAGGUCCUGGGAAUGAUCAAACCUCGAUUGGCUGUGUGAAUGGUCUGCUCUUCAUGGACCUGUAACAAAUCAUGUGA